GGGGGCGAUGUGGAUGUAAUGGGUGAAGUGGAGCUGAAAAUGAGGAUUUGUAUGAGUUCGUUCCAGGGUCCGGGGGGCGGCGUUCAGAGCGGGUAGCCCUCACCUCCUCACCUGGUGCGUGGCACCGUAGCGUCCAUCACAAAACAAUGCGCUCGGCUCGCUCCAUCCAUCGGCAAAACAACACACCGAUUGCAUAUCGGGUCCACGGGCAAAACGUGCGAUUGAUUGGUUGUAUGAUCGCGCUUGGACUCACGCCGCCGCCGCUUGCUGCUGCUGCUGCCGCCGCCGCUGAUGCCGGUGGAGCUGGGGCCCCCCGUGGAGCCCCCCGUGGGUCCCCCCGUGGCCACCCCCGUGGCGACGCGCCGUGCCGCGCUCCCCAUCGCGGCCCCGCGGGGAGAGCGGCGCUAUUGGCUGCGCGCGGGGCGAGGCGGCUCUUCAAAGGCGACGCGGAGUACAUUACGCGCGCGGAGGGGGCGCCUCGCCCACUCCGCUUUGUCCCUCUCCACGGAGAGCCAGCACCCCCUAUAAAAACCCCGAGGCUGGAGGAGCGCGGACUUAUUGUGAUGGCAGCUUCCAUCCCGGGGGAGGAGCACAAGCUGACCUCGGCACCGCUGGCCAUGCUGGCCGCCACCUGCAAUAAGAUCGGCAGCGCCCGGGCCCUGUCCCCCGCCGCGGACUCCCCCGCGUACGGCAAGGGCGGCUUCUACCCGUGGAAGCGGCCCACGUCUAGCGGCGCCGGGCACCCGGGCCUGGGCAACCCGGGCCAGCGCGGGGACCUCGCGGACUGCGCGAGCGGCCACGUCGCCGCGGGGCCCAGCGCCUUCAGCCUCGCCGCCUCCUCCUCCUCGUCCACCGCAUCCUCGUCCUCCUCGCCCGGCUUCCCCGGCGACUACGCGCUCUACCAAGCGCCGCCCGUCGUCGCCACGAGCGUCAGCUCGCCCGAGUGCUCGCAGUCGGCCUUCGUGUCCAAGGUGCAUACGUCGGUGCAGGAGAGCCUGCAGGGCAUGUACUCGCGCGUGGGCAUGGCCCACCCCUACGAGUCGUGGUUCAAGGCGGGCGCGCACGCGGGCGUCAGCAACGACGUGAGCGCGGGGACGUCCGCCUGGUGGGACGUGCACGCCAACUCGAACUGGCUCGAGGUGCAGAACCCCGCGGGGAGUCUCCAGGGCGCGCUGCACUCGGCGCCGCUGCAGUCGCCCGCGCUGCACUCGCAGCUCGGCGGCUACAGCUCCGACUUCUCGAGCCUCGGACACUCGGCCUUCAGCUCCACGGGCAUCUCCGCCUCUUCGCCCCACCUGCUCCCGGCCACGCAGCACCUGCUCGCGCAGGACGGCUUCAAGUCCAUGCUACCCUCGUACGGGGAGUCGCCCGGCGGCGGCAGCGGCGGCCUGCCCCCGGGGCCCAUGAUCUCGGGGCCGCCGACCCUGAGCAGCUCCUCGCGCGCCCUGGCGCGACGCUUCCCGGGGCGCGCCACGUGCGACUGCCCCAACUGCCAAGAGGCGGAGCGGCUGGGACCCGGCGCCAGCCUGAGGCGCAAAGGCCUCCACAACUGCCACAUCCCGGGCUGCGGCAAGGUGUACGGCAAGACGUCGCACCUCAAGGCGCACCUGCGCUGGCACACGGGCGAGCGGCCCUUCGUGUGCAACUGGCUCUUCUGCGGCAAGCGCUUCACGCGCUCGGACGAGCUGCAGCGGCACCUGCGCACGCACACGGGCGAGAAGCGCUUCGCGUGCCCCGUGUGCAACAAGAGGUUCAUGCGCAGCGACCACCUGAGCAAGCACGUGAAGACGCACAGCGGCGGCAAGGCGGGCAGCGAGAGCGACGAGACGAGCAACCCCGGCUCCCCGCACCCACACUCCCCCGAGACGUGCGGGCCUGAGCCGGGGGGCAACGGCUCCUGAGCCGGGGGUGGGGGGGGUGGGUGGGGGGUGUGCGGCAGCGG